GGCUUAGUUCAAAUUUAGUCAGUAACAAACUUGGAUGUAACUUCGGUAUAGUGUCGAAUAACAACAGUGAUUGAAAAUUUUUACACAAUGGAAGUGAUCAAAGAUCUGAAAAAAUUGACGAAUCAAGCGCUCGGAAAAGAGAAUAUGUUCGGAUUCAAGACAACAUUAGCUAAUCAGAUGUAUUUAUCAUUCUGCAUCCUGGGUAAUGUAUAUUUCACCGACAAAAUACAUCGAAAAACGAAACUGGUAUGGUUCUGCUGCGCUCACGGAGUAUGUCUAUUUGUUGGCCUUUCAUUCAUAUUAUGCCUAAUAUUUGGUAAACCAACGGAAGAUAUUUUAUUACUGGUUUAUAUGGUGUACGAGGUCACAUUUACUUCGAUGGAAAUAAUUGUGAAGCCUGCAAUCGCAACGUUUUGGUACAGAGACGAAAUAAAGCAAAUGAUUUCCAUGGCUGAUAGAAUACUUUUGAAGCAACAACUGACCAAAAGCAGCCACAAAAACGACCUCGAUGUGACAAAAAUAAUGUUGUAUAGUUCCAUUGCGCUCUUAAUGUCAAUUUCACUGUAUAAUUCGAUUACUUUAGCAGAUCUGAUAUUAUUUUAUGAAGAAGAAAAGGUCCAAAAUUAUAUGUAUUACGUAACACCGCUUCCUGGACUCACACAGUUCGGAUCUCUGACACUUUUCACAGUAUAUUCAGUUUCAUUCAGCAGUUUUGCAUUCUGUGGCUUCAUUGUUGUCUUAUUACAUCGAGUUUUUGCAAUACCUUGGGCAGUAAUAUGCCACAAUGAGGCACAACGUAUAAUUAACGAGUUGAACUCGCUGAGUGAAGAUGUUGACAUAAAUGUCGACACUUUCAAAAGUAUAGAACCGAAAUUCAGAUUCGUGAUGAGAAAAUGUGUUCGGGAUAUAAACGACCUCAACAGGUUUGUUACAAGUUUCAGAGGAUUUUUUGAAACCAUAGCAAGUUUUGUUCUGCCUAUCACACUAUAUGUAUCAGUUGCUCAUGUUUUGGUUGCUAUAACGCCAGGUUUAUCCAUUGUGAUCAGAUUGAGAGAAUUUUCAGCUUUCAUGUUCUCAAUUCACGAAGUCUACUGAAUAUGUUGGGUUGGAGCUACGUUGGAACAAAUGACAUCAGAUUUGUCUUUUGCUGUGUACUCUACACCAUGGUAUUGGUUGAAAAGCAUGCGCAAAGAUGUUUAUAUACUUCUAUGCGAAACACAAGCUGAAAUCAAUCCGCGAGCUUUGAGCGUUUAUCCUCUCACAUUGGCAACAUUUCUGAGGUUCUGCAACGUUAUCAAUUCUGCAGUAAAUGUUUCUCGUGUAUAUACGAAGUAGUUAAAAUAAGCUCAUUAUAUGUAAUAUGGUUGCACAAGUAUAUGUAGAUAAGGUAAAACUGCCUAUUAGUACGCAUUGCGUUUUUCUCGCGAUUGGUAAAACUGAUCGAAAAUUUGACCACACCAUGACGUAGCUGACUAAUGACCCUAGUUUCUCCGAAAAAAUCACGCAGUUUGAUUGAAAACUCUGUCUCUGAGAACAAUUUGAAUGAAAAACUGUGUUUUGGAUUUUUUUUUCAUCAAAAUUGGAAAUUAGAUUGAACAUAUUAAAAUAAUGUUAUUUGGUAAGUAUCUUAUACCAAUCGAUCCGUAAUUUUAUGUAGUUUCUUAUGAAAAAAAAGACAUUUCAAAAAUAUUAUUUUAUUAUAGAGCUAGACAUCAUUUCAUGUCAGAACAAAAAACUUCCUAUAAGUACGCACCUCCUAAGUCCUAUUAGUACGCAUCAUUUUUGCAUGUAAAUUUUCAUUUUUUUGAUCAUUUUGCAUUAAAAUGAAUAAAAUUAGCUGAAAUUGGUAUUUAGUCCAUCUAAGUUCAAGAUUAUGAAGUCUGAUCAAGUGAUCAUGAUACUGACGCUAAUUUCAAAAAAAUGGACAAAAAAUAUGAUGUCAAAAAAAUGUAUUUUUUUAAAAUCUGAAAACUUUGCUUUUUCGGAUAUUUGAAUUGCUAAUUUGGUUUUUUUCACAGUAAUUCCCUCUAAAUAUGCCAUUACACUUUUUCAGUGCUUUUUGUUGGAUUUUUUACCAUUUUCAACGUGUAUUUACUCAUGCGUACUUAUAGGCGGACGUUUGCGUACUAAUAGGAAGGUACCUUCCUAUUAGUACGCAUUUGAGUUGCCCUCAUUUUUGCGUUAUUACAAAAAAGCAGCAAUGGGAAACUCAAAAGUGAGUAAGCAGUUAUGUAGCCAAGGGUUCAAAGUUUAUGUGUACAAAAUUUCAUAAAUUUUUAUGCACAACUCUGGGAGCUGGAGCGUCUCAAACCUUAACCGCAUACUAAUAGGUGGUCUUACCUUACCUGACUUUUUUUUUUUUUAAGGGGACCCCAAUCACAACCUGCUGGUGGGUGGGGCUAGUUAAUUAGAACUCACGUAUUUUUAUUUAUCAUCAUCAACUGUUUUUAACUUUCACUCGCAAUUGCUAUCUAAAGUUAUUUUUAAAUUUAUAAUACAUAUUAUUAGGUCAUAAUAUGUUUUGCAUUGUUUUAAUCAUCAAAUUUGCAGUAUAUCCACAAGCUGUCUUGCUUCGACAUUUGGGUGGUCUGGUAGUUUCUGGUGGUAUUGUAUUGCAAAUUUUACGAACUUCUUCUACAUAUCAUGCUAGGUGUCUUGAGAUCCCAAUGGAUUUGAUCAUUGCAAACAUACCAGGGUGCAUACACAGCCAUUUAUUCUGGCAUAGCUGUAUUUUUUCAAUGCUGUCCCCUACAAGGGUGCUGUGCAGGUCUAAAUUGGUUUAAUGAAUGUUUUAUAAAUCAACAGCUUAUUCUGAAGCGAUGUUUUCUUACUCAGUAUUCAUUGCAUAUUACACAGCUUUAGGUUGACUUCAUCUCAUUUCUUUUUGAUAUGUGGGUUCUCCAUACUUACACAAGAUUUCUUACACGGUGGUUUAUAAAUUCAUAUGCACAAAAGGUUGUAAUAGCUAACUACUUAGCUUAUAAAUAACCCAACUGACAUAAUAAUUGCAAUUAAGUAAACUUAUGAAUAACCCAAUCAAAAUAGGAUACGACUAUCUUAAUUUAUACCUAUUUAUUUUAAAUAUAUUUAUGACAUGUAUAAUAUGCACCUACAUAUUUUGUUAAUGUGCCCAGUAGGUUCCUUAUCUGUUGUAACUACUCAUAAAAAACUGACUUUUUUAAAGGCAAUCAGUGGUUUUUAAAAAUCUAUUAAAUUAUAGGUAAGAGUACUUACAUUGAUAUUUUGAUAUGCUGAAUGGUAAAUUUCUGGUCAGUUUGCAAAAUUAAUGGAUCUGUUUUUAUUUCAAGGAUUUGAACAAAAAAACAUUAUUAUAAUUGGUUGCCUAUCUUGUGAAUUGAACGAGCCAUUGAGCUUCAAAAAACUCGAAAUUUACCAAUUGUGAAAAAAUUGUACCGGGAGGGGAUGCACCCGCAGCUUCCAUCUAAUGGGAAGUUGUGCUCCAUCGGAAGUGGUAUCGCUGCUUAUGGAAACUUCCAUAAGGCAGAGCCAUCUAUUAGACUUGGUCCAUGGACCACUUCCGACUUUGUAACGUUGGCACAGCUAACAGUUUUUAUAUAGCCUUACUCUCGUAACGUUCUUAUAUUUAAUUGUGCUAGAGAAAUUGUUUUAGGCCUAUGUGCCACGUACUGAAUAGUCUCUCAAUUGUUUUAGUAAUUAAAUUGUACUUUACUUGUUGAAUACAAUUUAUUACAAGUG